GCGACGGCGACAUGUCUAAACCGUACGUGUUGAUAUUCGAAUCAACAGUUGAAAGGGCAUUCUUUCUGCCAUAGGGGUCCUUUUUGCGAAGCCAUUGGGGAGUUUUCGGGCGAAGGGAGUCGCGGGAUGCAUUCGGCUGUAUCGAUGAAUUUCGCGUUCGGUAUUCUUGUUUUCCUGCUCGGCGUAUACAAGGUAUCGACAUACGAUAUUGACGGUAAUCAGGUGUUGGAGGAGCUCCUGUCCCCGCAGGAGAAUCCCUCCAUUCAAGUGAGGGCGCUGCGCAGGGAGCUGUUGAAAAAAGUUCAGGAGGCCAUAGAUCGGCUCGACGACGAGGAAGGCUAUCAAGCUUUAAUGAGAUUGAAUGGCCUCCCCGAUAAAAGAAAUUUAGAGGCUCUUGCCAGGGCGGGCUACAUCAAAACGAUGCCAGAAGAAGAAGAAGACGACGCCAAUUACAAGAGAAGCAUCGCUAAUUUGGCAAAAAACGGGCAACUCCCCAGGCAGGCAGACGAACAAAAGCGUGGAUUAGAGUCUUUAGCCAGAAAUGGAGACUUACACUCAAGGAACGUCCAGACUCUAUGGGAAAACUUGGCAGACAAGAGACACCUGGGGAGCAUAAUUAAAAAUUACGACGUACCUCCGAUGAGCAAGAAAUCCCUGAGCAGCCUGGCUAAAGCCGGGGAUCUCAACCGCAAGCACGCCCAGUAUAAAAGAAGCCCCCAAGCGGGCUCCGGUAAUCGCCUAUCAAAUGCAAUUAGCAAACAAUCUUCCGGCGAUCUGAGGCGAUUGUUCGACGAUAAGAACGGCAUGGGAGCGGCGAGAGGGAAACGGGAGGCCGAUUAUUAUUACGACGAGAACUACACCCCCGUUUAUCAGAAUGCCUACGACGACGACGAUGAUGAUGAUGUUAUAAGGGACUUGCACCAGGCCUAUCCCGGUAUCGGGAAGCGUUUCUUAGGCUCGGCGAUGAGGAGCGGUUUUCGACCGACCGCGUCCGCUAAAUCCGGAUACCCGAAUCCGGAGAAGAAGCACAUAGGCUCUUUGGCCCGAUUAGGUUGGCUGCCUACGUUUAGGCACAUCAGAAGAUUCAACAGAUCGGGCAGAUCCAGUGUCGGUGAAUGCAGGGCGUCUUCCUCAAAUGGGGAAGCCCAAGUCGACGGCGACGCCCAAAACGCGUCGAUACUACUAAAAUCCAGCGACGGAUAUUCCUACAAGUCGCCCGGCGAGUCUGCUUAUCUGAAACGGAUUUUUUACCAUCCUAACGUCAGCAAAUUUUACUAAAUUAACGAACGCAUCCCGAACGAAAAUGUGGUUGAUAGAAUUGAUUGUUUUAAUUUUCUCGUAAUCGCCUACCGAAUAUUCAAUUAAUUCUUUUAUCGCGCUGGUUUUUUAAUUGGAUUUUUAACAUAUCAGAGCGUUUUUUAAUAACAUAUCUGGUACACAUAUCCGUAAAUUCUAUCGACUAUUUCCUAUCGAUAUCACAUCUUUCGAGAGCAAUUCUCCAAUCAAGAAUAUCAUCAUCAUACAUAUUAACGCUAGAUUCUAGAAAUAGGUUAGGCCAAUUUAUAUAUUCUAUAAUCUAUUUAAACCAGUUCGUCCCACUGUAGUUCUUCUUUACUAACCGAGACAAUAAUUUAUUCGAUAAUAAAAAAAUAAAUUGAUUUUAAUUUUUGGUGGAGGAACUAGGUUAACACAAUAUUAUUAUUGGUACAUUUACAUUUAUUGAUUUAUGUGUAGACAUGAUUAGAGGAUUGCGAAUCCGAUACGUAACAACAAAAUUAACAAUUUGGUCUUCCACAGUAAAUGUUUUAUCGAGACAAAAUCAGUUUUGCAACGCAUUAUUUCUGCUAUAGUGGGAUUUCGAUGUUAUAAUUCCUAUUUAGUUUCCUUGAUAAAAAUGGGGCUGGAUUUUUUCGAAAAUAUGCGCUGUGUGGGACAAUAUUAAAUGAAUAAAACUAAUCAAGUAUUUAAGACAAUAAGUGUUUAUCCUUAGACAAUAAAUCGAGGACGAUAAUAUCUACAUAUGUUUGUAAAAAUAGGCUCUCUUGCCGGUAUUUAUUUAGAAGUGGUAUUAUAUUAAUGUAAUAUAAAUGUCAAUAAAAAAAUAUAUAAUGGAG